AUGUCGGGCCUGGACGAAUUCGAACUGCCGCGGCGCAAGAAGCCGAAGGUGUCGGAGCUGCCUCUUUCGUCCAUGCAGCGCGCCUCCAUUGACAGCAUGCUACAUACUUUCAAAAAGAAGGGCGAAUUCGAUGCGAUGCGCAAGCGAGCUCUUCAACAGUACAACGAAAGUGCCCAGCGCGGCAUGUUUGAGGCAUCAUUACGAACAUUCACGGCGAGUGAGAUCGACCGCGAUCCAUUGAAGUACCUCAAGCCCGAUCGCCGUAUCGCCGCGCCCUUGCUAGAAGGUGCUGCGGCUCGUGCAGAUGUAUAUGGCAAGACGGAAGAGGACAUCAAUCGUUACAUUGAUCAGUACAUUGCGGACGCUGAACGCAUACUUCGUGAGAUUCGUGUUCAAGACAUCGGCGAAGAUGUUGCGCAUGAGGAAUAUGAGAAAGGGCGGAAGAGUGACGAAGCUUAUGCUACAGAAGCCGAAGAGCGACGACGUGACCGAGCCAGACAGCAUGUGGAAGACGAGAAGAAAAGGAAGAAGGCGGAAGCGACGGAACGGAAAAAGAAGGAACUAGAAGCGCUGGCGAAAAAGCAGGAGCAAUUGCAGAAGGAAAUGGAACGUUUGCAGCGAGAAGCCAAGCGUCGCCAGGAAAGAGAGGCAUUCAAGGCUGCGGAGAAGGAGAAGGAGAGGGAAAGGAUACGCAAGUACAACGAGGAGCGCGAAAAGCAGAGAAAGGAGGCCGAAGAGCGUGAGAAAGCAAUACAAGUGGAACGAGAGCGGCGACAGAAAGAAUUGUCCGAGAUGGAGCAAAAACGAAUCGAGGCCGAAGCUCUGGACCUUCUUCUGAAGGACGCGCGGAAGAUGAGCGAGAAAGGGAGACGUCCUGGAUUGGAGAGGAGCGAAAGUAUGGAACCACCGCCCAGUCUCAUGCGCCAUCAAUCAGCGCCUAGGAAUGCAUACAGCAAAGAUCAAAUGCGAGCGCAAGGUCUGAUGCCAACGUCGUUGACACUUCGGAAGGGAGACAAACCACUCCCUCCUAGCAGCUCAGUACCUCCUCCACCCGAACCAGAAUCGCGCUCUCGUCCCUCGAGACUCAGAUCUCCAUCGCCGCCACGAUCAAGAUACAGCGGCGGACGACGUGACCCAUCUCCUGUUGAUCGUCAUGCUCGCCGUGAUAAGGACCGCGACCGCCGGGCAACUCUAUACCGUGAUAUCAGCGCCGAAAGAGAAGCUUGGAAAGCUCGCCUUCGUGAAGAAGGCAGUUCAACCAUCGAACGACCUCGUGAUCGGGAACGGGAACGGGAACGGGGCCAAGAUAGGCCGCGAGAACGUGAGAGAGGUCGCGGAGGUGAAGGUAGCGUAGUGGGGGAACGAUCUGCUCGUAGCAAGAGCCGAGAGUCGCAUCGCCCACGCCGCGAUGAAAGCCGUGGAUCCCGACGAAAUCGUCGUGACUAUCGUAGCCCGUCUCGAUCUCCUCGUCGCCAGCGCGAGCGCGACCACGACCGGCGCGGUUUCAGUCCACGCCCACGUCGUGACCGCAGUCGAAGCCCAACAGUGAUGGAUAGGCACAAGCCUAGUGGAGCUCCGACGGGCGAUGCGAGAGUUGAGCGGAGUCGUGAAGGUACAAGCUCUGAUCGACGUCCGCGAGACGGUGAUCUCGACAUUCGGGGCGGAGACCGCGUGCGAGACCGGGAGCGCGACCGAGACAUAGACAGGAGAAAUUCUCGUUUUGACGAACGCGAACGCGAACGCGACCGAGAACGCCCACGAUCUAGAGGAGGCGACCGCGAACGACACGGGAGUGGCAUAGGCGGACGUCCAUCGGAGCGCCAACCCGAACGUAGCCGAAGUCGCAUUCGUGACCGGGAACGCGAACGCGAACGCGAGUCUGCUCGUGGUGGCAAAGACCGAGCCCGCGAUCGCAGUCGAGAGAGAGAACAAUACAAAGCCCGCGAGCGAGCGAGGACGCCAGUCAAGGGGAAAAACGCAUCUCUGGCAUAUGGUGAUGCGGACACUCCAGAGAAAGCCCGCACUGCUGCCUCUAAGUCGUCGAGCGUCACCGAAUCACAAGCCGACAGGCCUGCGGGGCCAGACAGGGAGUCCGGAGCUUCUGGUGUAGUCGCUGCCGAAGCGAGCAAACCGGCGCAAAGCGAAGCACCAACUGUAGCGCCUGCGGCGGUCGAUGUUGAAAUGCAGAACUAG